AUGCCACCCGACCGCUCGGCCUCAAAAACCAAGCCCUUCAAGCCCCAGCGCCCCUCUACCGGCAGCACAUCCUCACGCGCCAAACCCGGCCCCGGACCCUCCUCAUCUCGCACCACAGCAACCACCGAAACCCCCUCCUCACGCCCCAACCCCGACUAUGACAACGACGAUGAUGCCAUUGCGCCCGAUGCGCCUACCGAGACUAUACCCCCGGCGCUCCUAUCGACGCUGCUGACGGAGUUCUUUGCGGACGAGCGCACGAGGAUUAGUAGGGGCGCGGAUAAGGCGGUGGGGAAGUAUAUGGAGACUUUUGUGAGGGAGGCGAUUGCGAGGGCGGCGUAUGAGCGGGGAGGGGAUGGGAGAGGGGAUGGGUUUUUGGAGGUUGAGGAUUUGGAGAAGUUGGCGCCGCAGUUGGUGCUUGAUUUUUGA